UCUUUGACGCGAGGUGGCAGCACCAUAGUUAUUUUAAAUACUAACCUAACUUUUACGUAAACAUAAAAAUGUUAAUAAAAGACGCCCCCGUGAUUUGGGAGGGUCUCCGGUCCAUUAUUUGUGUUUACAAGCCUCCUAGUGUAACAUGUGAACGCGUACGCAAAACUAUCAUUGCCGCUGUUUGUAAAGGUUUAAAUGAGAUGGAGUGUCGCCCUCCAGUUGAUUUCGUUUGUAUUGAAGGAAAUCCAUCGGGAAAAUUAACCGUAUCUGUAAAACCAAGUCUCGCCGAUGACCCUCUUGUUGUGGGACCUCGUUACAUCCACGAUGAUUUAAAAUGUAGUUGGUCGAAUUUUUUAGGUUUUAAUACGAGCGGAGUGCUUUUGUUAGGAUUAGGGAAAGGCACCAAAGUAGCGAAAUUGAUAAGAGAGAACAGACCCACUAGGUGUUACCGAUUGUCCGGAAAAUUGGGCGAAGCGACCGAUAACGCCUUUAAGGACGGGAAAGUUGUGGAAAGGACAACCUGGAGACACGUUAAACUAGAAAAUAUGAAUAGGUUUUUAGCAACACUUCAAGCUUCACACCAAAAAGAAAUGUUUAAGUCAUGUGGCAUUGAUUUGCAAUCAGAGGAGGCCUAUAAAUUGGCUUGUCAGGGACCCAUCAGGCCUGCCAACUCAAAACUUCCAGUCAUUUACGGAAUUAAAUGUGUUAAAUUUGAACCCCCAGAGUUCGUCAUUGAAAUACAAUGCAUAAAUGAAUAUGAAACUUACCUGAGAAGUUUAAUACAUGAAAUUGGGAUGAAAUUACAUUCUUCAGCGCAUUGUACGGCAAUUCAGUGCAUCAGACAUAGUUAUUUUACUGUAGAAAAUGCACUUUUGCGCAAACACUGGACUUUGCAGGACAUUAUUACAAACAUGGAACAAUGUAUACAGAUUAUGGAUGAACACGAAAAUAUUAUCAGACAAAAGUCGGCAGCUUUACAGUAGUUUAUUCAAUUGUCUUCUGUAAAAAUCAUUUAUUUUACGUUAAAUUUGUUUGUUUUGUCAAAAAAUAAAAUAUCCAAAGCAGUAA